AUGGCCUUUUUAAGAAAUGCGCUAUACAAGCUUUCUGCACCAUCACCUUUAGUUUAUACUCAAAAACGUUUUUAUUUAUUAUUACAUGAAUAUGUGUCAAUGGGUCUAUUACAAGAUUUUGGCAUACGCGUACCCAACUUUAAAUUAGCUAGUACAGCAGAACAAGUUCACCAGAUAGCUGUUAGUAAAGAGCUUGGCAAUGAUUUAGUGAUCAAAGCUCAAAUAUUAGCUGGAGGUAGAGGGAAAGGAACGUUCGAUACCGGUUUGAAAGGUGGUGUCAAAAUGACAUUUUCUGCUGAGGAAGCAAAAAACUUAUCGUCAAAGAUGUUAGGUCAUCGUUUAUAUACAAAACAAACUGGACGAGAAGGAAAACCCGUUAAUAAAUUAAUUGUGUGCGAAAGAUUAUUUACAAGAAGAGAAUAUUAUUUUGCUAUCGCUUUAGAUCGUUCGUUUAAUGGUCCUGUCAUUAUCACAAGUACCCAAGGUGGCGGAAACAUCGAAGAGAUUGCUGCUGAAAAUCCCGAUGCAAUUAAUCGACAUCCAAUUGAUGUCAUUAAAGGAUUUGAACGUUCUGAAGCAUUGUCCAUAGCUGGAAGACUUGGAUUUUCUAAUGAGCUAUUAGAUGAAGCAGCUGAUACAAUGUUAAAAUUAUACGAUUUAUUUAUGAAAAAAGAUAUUGUUCUACUUGAAAUUAAUCCAUUGACAGAAGGAGCAGAUGGAAAAAUCUAUUGUAUGGAUUGUAAAAUAAAUGUUGACGAUAAUUCAGAAUUUCGUCAAAAAGAAGUAUUUGGACAUAACGAUACAUCACAAAGUGAUUGGCGUGAUGUCAAAGCAUCCGAGUCGGGUUUAAAUUAUAUUGGACUUGAUGGAGAAAUUGGCUGUUUAGUAAAUGGAGCUGGUCUCGCAAUGGCAACAAUGGAUAUUAUUAAAUUACAUGGUGGUAAUCCAGCAAAUUUUUUGGAUGUUGGUGGUGGCGCGUCAUCAACUCAAGUAAAAGAUGCAUUUGAAUUGAUUACAGCUGAUCCUAAAGUACAAGCUGUUUUAGUGAAUAUUUUUGGUGGAAUUAUGCGUUGUGAUACAAUUGCAUUUGGUAUCAUAGACGCAGCCCAAGAAUUAAAAUUAAACAUACCGAUUGUCGUACGCCUUCAAGGAACUCGUGUCGAUGAUGCAAAAGCAAUAAUAGCGAAUAGUCGAUUUAAAAUAUUACCGUGUGAUGAUUUAGAUGAAGCUGCUAGACUGGUUGUUAAACUAGCUCAGAUAAUUAGUCUAGCACGAUCAGCCUCUGUCGGCAUUCAAUUUGAAUUACCUAUUUGA